AUGAUAGCUGGGAUGGUGGAUCUCCUAGAGUUGAAGAAAGGCUUGGGGCCUUGCGUUGCCAGUCUGUUUGUGCGGGCCCUUGGUCUUCCCAUGGCUGACUCGUUGGUCGUUGAGGAUGUGGCCGUGGUCUUCAGCCAGGAAGAAUGGGCUUUGCUGGAUUUUGCUCAGAGGAAACUCUACAGAGACGUGAUGAUGGAAACCUUGAGUAACCUGGAUUCAGUGGGAGAAAUCUCUGAAUCUCAUGGCAAUAAAGAUCAGCAUAAAAAUCAGGGGAGACAUUUGAGAAGUUACACGGUAGAGAACCUCUGUGAAAGUAAUCAAGACAAUCAGUGUGGGAAAACUGUCAGCUGGAAUCCAGAUCUUACUGUGGUGAAAAGAAAUCCUCCAGAAGUAAAUGCUUUUGAAUGCUGUGAGUGUGGAAAAGCCCUCAUGGAUCACUCCUCAUAUAAACGUGAGGCCAUGUUUCAUGCUGAAGGCAGUAAGGAAUGUGGAGAAGCCUGCCAUUGUCCCUCUAACCUAGCCACUCCUAUGAGAACUCUUCAUGGAAAGAAAUCUCAUAAAUGUGAGGUCUGUGGGAAGGAUGUCAUUUGUCUCUCAAUGCUUAAGAAUUCUUUGACAACACUGGCUGGUGAGAAGCACUAUGAAUAUGACGAAUAUGGGAAAGAUUUCUGUGAUUUUUCAUCAUUUUGGAUACAAGUAAGAGGUCAUAAGAGUGAAUGGAAAGAAUAUUGUAAAACCUAUAGUUGUGCUUCAUCCUUUAUUUUACAUAAAAAAUUUCAUAGCAGAGAUAUGCCUUAUGAAUGUAAGGAAUGUGGGAAAGCCUGUAGUCAUGCCUCAUCCCUCACUACACAUAUGAAAAUAGACGGUUGCACAAGGCCCUUUAAAUGUAAGGAAUGUGGGAAAACCUUUAAGUGUUGCUCACACCUCAUUAAACAUAUAAGAAUUCACAGUGGAGAGAGACCUUAUAUAUGUAAGGAAUGUGGGAAAGCCUUUAGUCAGGCUUCCUACCUCACUCAGCAUAUUAGAACUCACAGUGGAGAAAGGCCUUAUGAAUGUAAGGAAUGUGGGAAAGCCUUUAGUAAUGCCUCAAAUCUCACUAAACAUACAAGAAUUCACAGUGGAGAGAAGCCUUACGAAUGUAAGGAAUGUGGGAAAGCCUUUAGUUGUUCCUCACACCUCACUUCACACAUAAAAACUCACAGUGGAGAGAGGCCUUAUAAAUGCAAAGAAUGUGGGAAAGCCUUUAGUCAGCCCUCAUCCCUCACUACACAUAAAAGAACUCACAGUGGAGAGAGACCUUAUGAAUGUAAAGAAUGUGGGAAAACCUUUCGUCAGACCUCAUCCCUCAGUACACAUAGACGAACUCACAGUGGAGAGAAACCUUAUGAAUGUACGGAAUGUGGGAAAGCUUUUAGUUGUUCAUCAUCCCUCACUACACAUAAAAGAACUCACAGUGGAGAGAAACCUUAUGAAUGUAAGGAAUGUGAGAAAGCUUUUAGUUGUUCCUCAUCACUCACUAAGCAUAAAAGAACUCACAGUGGAGAGAGACCAUAUAAAUGUAAAGAAUGUGGGAAAGCAUUUAGUCAGACUUCCUCCCUUAGUACACAUAGAAAUACUCACAGGGGAAAGAAACAUGAAAGUAAGGAAUAUGAGAUGGCCUUUAGUCAGGCCUCUUAUCACACUUCACAUACAAGAACUCACAGUGUGGAGACUACGUCAGAAGUCGAGUUUUCAUCCUUACUGUUAUAA